AUGCGUGGAAGCAGCACAGCUCAGAGCGUAAGCGAGAGGGGGCGACAUCCGCACGGCAAAGCAGCAGUCAGUAGCAGAAGGGCUGGUGGUCAAACGCGUCUCACGGAAGCAAGGGUGGUUUUUACAGAUACACCAGCCCAGUCAGGGUGGAGCCACCACCGUCAAUGGCGGAAGGCAUUGAAGCGUUGGAACAACGGGACUGACGUCCCUGUCUGGCGCAAAGGUGGGAAUUUCUUGAAGUUGCUUGGUUGGAAUACGCAGGUUGGCUUCGACGAUGUUCCAGAGUCCGUUUUGGCGAGCGAGGCUUGGCUAGACACAGUGCUCCCGCGCAUGGAUUUUAUGAUCGGGGAGCGCGAAGGCGGUGAACGACGCCGGGCUGGAAGGAAAGCCUUGUUCGAGGCAGCACGCGACACCAAGGAGAGCUUGACCCAUCCCGUGGCCCGUCGAGAGUCCCAGUUCUUCGUGGCGGAGGCCAGCAACCUGCGGCUCUCCCCGUGA